GAUAUUGUUAAAUUGUUGUGCGGUGUCUCAUUCUCGAUAUUAUAAUUUGUAUUCUUAUGAUGUUUUUUUAAAGUAUCUUAGCAAUGUGAAAAGUAUCGUUCAAAUGAGAAUGAUAAUAUUCAAUUUUUCUGUUAUUCGCUACAAUCAAUCUGUUUUUUAAAUCAAAGUCAACAAAGUAUAACCUCAAAUAACCUUCAUUUUAUACAAUGAUUCAAGGAAUAAUUAGUGUCUGCUGCGCAGCAAUAAGAGUGCAUGCUCAAAUUCAGUCAAGGAAUCUUACAGUAUGUGUCAGAGACGAAUGGAGAAAACGAAGAAAUGUAAUAUUUGAUAAUGAACGAGAAAGACAGAAAGCUGAUGUUGGUAGAAUUGAGAAAAUAUCAGUUAAAUAUAUCAAGCCAUCAGGAGAGGAAGAAGUAAACAUGAUGAUGAAUAAAGACUUAUCCACACCGACUGACUGUGCCUUACACGAUUCAGAAUUUGCUAUGAAGACAGGUGCAUUGUCAUUGGUUGAUGGUAUACCUUGGGACAUGCACAAACCUUUAUCCAAUGAUUGUAAAUUAGAGGUUUUAACAAUGCAGAUGAUAAAAAAGUCCUCGUCAUUGAAUUUUGCAUUUUGGCGUACUUGUUCUCUUAUUUUAGGUGCUACGAUAGAUUCAUCAUUUAAAGAUGAUAUAAUAUUAUAUUUACAUAGUUUCACGUGGCCAAAUGUGAGAUCGGGUAGUUUCUUGUGCGAUGCAAUAAUCGAUGUAAACAAUUGGAAGCCAACGGAAGCCGAGCUCCGGGCGUUGUCGGCCCAAUUCGUCAAGUUCACAAGACAGUCGUUGCCUGUCGAGAGACUCGUUGUUAAGGAGGAGAUCGCCCUCGACAUGUACCAGGAAAAUCCCUUUAAAUCUCAGCAAAUUCCGAACAUCGCCAAAUCUCAGGAGGGUAAUGUCACUCUUUACCGCAUAGGCGAGCACAUCGACAUAAGCAGGGGUCCAAUGGUCGGUCACACGGGGAUCGUCGGCAAAGCCACCAUCACCGCCGUUCACAAACUCGAAUCCGAGGAAGAAAACCGGUAUCGCUUUCAAGGAAUCGCGUUACCCAGUGGUGUUUUCUUAAACCACUUCGCUUACGGUAUCCUCGAGGAGCGCGCGAGACAAUUGAACAAGACAACUUGGAUGCCGCAGAAGCAAUUCGAGGACACGGACGAAUCUGCGAACACGGUGGUGGCCCAAAUUGCGCAAAAUUAAAUCGAGCAUUUCUUUCAUCUAGUUUUUAAUUUAAAUGUAUUGGACUGUUAAAAAUCUUCGGAUAGUAAUGACAUUUCCGGUGGUUAUUACUGUUUGGUAAUUUUGAGAUUUAUGUUACGCAAUUUCUUCAUUCAGCGAUUAUAUAACUUCUCUAUCGUUACCACAAUAAAAUAAUUAUAAUGAUA